AUGUCCAGCAAAUUCAUAAAAAAUUCUAGAAUUUAUAGCCCCCCGUUGCUACUACCUCAUAACAAUUUAUCAUCUUCUCCGUCUUACCUCGUUUCAAUCACCAAUCGAUUAAUAAAAAUUAUACCUCUUGAUGUAAAAUAUGGUAGAUUAAUUUCUUCAUGUACACCCUUUUCAGGUCAUUUUAAAAAACCCAUUCCUAGAAUCGGUCAACGUGAACGUGAGAAGAUAGAUCAUGAUGAUGGGAAAGGAUAUGCAAAUCAAAGAGUACAUAUCACGCAAAAAUCUAAUGGAAGACCUGGAACCAUAAGAGAAUAUGUAAGAAAUUUGAAAUCCUUAAACCAAAACGGAAAAAAGAAAAAGGCGCCUAUAGCAUUAUAUGACUCAGUUCACAACAAAAAAUCGAUUGAAAAAAAGUUUGUUGUUGAAGAAACAACAGCUAUGAAGGCAACAAAUGAUGCGCAAGCAAGAAUUAAAGAAAAAAAAUUAAAAAGGUCCCACGGAAGACGAGAUAAUUAUGCUACAAACUAUAAAGAGGCGAAUCUGGAACUAUUUAAAGAUUUUCCGGCUUGGUUGAAAGGAUUACGUUUAACAAAGUAUACACCGUUAUUUGCCAAAAUGGAUGAAAAUAGUAUUCUGAAGUUAGAUAACUCCAUGUUGAAAGCUAAAGGUUUGACAUUAGGCGCAAGAAAUAAAUUAUUAAGAGAGCUGAACAAAGUUAAAGAGGUUAAGAAAAAUAAAGAAUGA